GGUUAAGCCAUAGGCAUUUUUCAUUCAUAAACAAGAUAAUUGAGAGUAGAACAAGAUGAACAUGUUCCAAACAUUCCUCGCAUCAAUUCCCUCAAACCGUUCAGAGAUAGUGAACGACCUGGAAAUCCCUGAAAUACCACUGACCCCUUACAUGUGGGAGCCAGACCCUAUCAGCAUCAGCGACAGUUCAAUGGAAACAGUUACGUCAGUUGCUGAAGAGUACGACGCUGGGAGCAUUAGCACGGAUUCAAGUGUUCCACUGUCGAGGGCCAUGACUGGUUCGGAGUUUGACUAUGAUUGGUACAGGCGGUACAAGCGGCUGGAUUUAAGUGACCCCUGGGAGCAGAUGAGGAUCGGUUGGGCCGCGUUCCCGCCCGAGUAUAUCGCCACACUUAACAGCCUAAGUCUCCAGUCGACCACGGACACGAUGGACAGCCCUCCCCCCUCCAUUCCCUUCGAGCCGUUUCCGAGCCAAGAGUUCUUGCGGAAGAUAGACCGGUUCUUGGAGGACGAGUGCUGUGUCUUCGGGCCUGAUGACCCGGCGAUACUGGCGCUUGAGGAAGCACUCCGGGAUGUAGACCUUGAGAACCUUUAUUCAUAUCAGGACGUCAUGAUAUAAACGUGACGGAACAAAUGGUGUC